UGCCCAGUUGCCGCUCAGACUUCAACGCGAACAGUCGACUCUGCCUCUGACCGCGAUUCCGUCGGACAGAUUUAAGGUUUCUCCGCCGCCAAAGAUCCCGAGCAGAUAUGCAAAUACAUUGUAGUCGGCGGACCCUCAGAUAAGAUAAGCCCCAUUGGGAUAAUCGCGAUAAGUCGGUAGAUCAAAUAGCCAGAAUUGUAGGAGUUCCGGCGGGGUUACUGAACCUCCAGUUCGUCCAAUGGAGUCCGGCAGUUCGUCGGGUCAGGGCCAGGGUCCAUCGUUGUGCCUCGAGUGGAAGCAGCUCAAUUACUAUGUGCCCGCCCAGGAGCAGAGCAACUACAGCUUUUGGAACGAGUGCCGCAAGAAGCGGGAGCUGCGGAUCCUCCAAGACGCCAGCGGGCACAUGAAGACCGGCGACCUCAUCGCCAUCUUGGGCGGAUCCGGCGCGGGCAAGACCACGUUGCUCGCGGCGAUUUCGCAACGGCUGAGAGGUAACCUGACCGGCGAUGUGGUUUUGAACGGCAUGGCCAUGGAACGGAAUCAAAUGACGCGCAUCUCCAGCUUUCUGCCGCAGUUCGAGAUCAACGUGAAGACUUUUACGGCCUACGAGCAUCUUUACUUUAUGUCCCAUUUCAAAAUGCACAGACGCACUACCAAGUCAGAAAAGCGACAAAGGGUGGCGGAUCUACUUCUGGCCGUCGGAUUGAGAGAUUCAGCCCACACCCGCAUCCAGCAAUUGUCGGGCGGAGAAAGAAAGCGACUGAGUUUAGCAGAGGAACUGAUCACAGAUCCCAUAUUCCUGUUCUGCGAUGAACCCACCACGGGAUUGGACAGCUUUAGUGCCUACUCGGUGAUCAAAACAUUGAGGCACUUGUGCACGAGGCGACGCAUUGCCAAGCAUUCCUUGACUCAGGUUUACGGAGAGGAUUCCUUUGAAACGCCGAGUGGAGAGAGCAGUGCCAGUGGCAGUGGCAGUAAGUCCAUCGAAAUGGAAGUGAUGGACGAAUCUCACGAAAGCCUGUUGCGAUCCAUGCGGGAACUGCCAACUUUGGGAGUCUUGAGCAACAGUCCGAAUGGAACCCACAAAAAGGCGGCCAUCUGCUCCAUCCACCAGCCCACAUCGGACAUCUUCGAGCUCUUCACACACAUCAUCCUGAUGGAUGGUGGUAGGAUAGUUUUCCAGGGACGAACCGAACAGGCUGCCAAAUUUUUUACAGACUUGGGUUACGAGCUCCCUCUCAAUUGCAAUCCUGCGGAUUUUUAUCUUAAGACCCUGGCGGAUAAGGAGGGAAAGGAGGAUCCUGCUGCUGUCCUUCGAGCAAAGUACGAACACGAGACGGAUGGACUCUAUAGCGGCAGUUGGUUGCUAGCCCGCAGUUACAGUGGAGAUUACCUUAAACACGUGCAAAAUUUCAAGAAAAUACGUUGGAUGUAUCAGGUUUAUCUAUUAAUGGUGCGCUUCAUGACGGAAGAUGUGCGGAAUAUUAAGAGUGGUCUCAUAGCCUUCGGAUUCUUUAUGAUCACCGCUGUAACGUUAUCACUUAUGUAUUCCGGAAUUGGAGGACUUACCCAGCGAACAGUACAGGAUGUAGGAGGCUCCAUCUUCAUGCUGAGCAACGAGAUGAUCUUCACUUUUAGUUAUGGAGUGACCUAUAUAUUCCCCGCUGCAUUGCCCAUCAUCAGAAGAGAAGUUGGUGAGGGCACCUACAGCUUGUCCGCAUAUUACGUGGCCCUGGUGCUCUCCUUCGUGCCAGUGGCCUUCUUCAAGGGAUACGUCUUCCUGUCGGUGAUCUACGCCUCCAUUUACUACACUCGUGGCUUUCUUCUGUACCUGAGCAUGGGCUUUCUGAUGAGUUUGUCCGCGGUGGCAGCCGUUGGCUAUGGCGUCUUCCUCUCCAGCCUUUUCGAGUCGGACAAGAUGGCCUCCGAAUGCGCAGCGCCUUUUGAUUUGAUCUUCCUGAUUUUCGGUGGAACGUACAUGAAUGUGGAUACAGUGCCUGGGUUGAAAUAUUUUUCCCUGUUCUUCUACUCCAACGAGGCACUGAUGUACAAGUUCUGGAUUGACAUUGACAACAUUGACUGUCCCGUCAACGAGGAUCAUCCUUGCAUCAAGACCGGUCUGGAGGUUCUUGAACAAGGAUCGUUCCGCACUGCCGAGUAUACAUAUUGGCUCGAUUGUAUUUGUCUAAUGGUAGUGGCUGUCAUAUUUCACAUUGUCUCAUUUGGAUUGGUGAGAAGAUACAUACAUCGCAGCGGUUAUUAUUGAUUGUGGGCGCUUUUAUUAUUCUAAUUUCAGUUUACACUCUUACAGAACUUGAUUUCAGCUUAAUUUCAGUUGCAUUGAGUACACACGCGGUUUAGUUAGUUAAAAUUUGUAAUUUUUAAGCACAAUUUGUUCUUAAUACAUCUAAACUUCAGUGGAAAAUAUUGCAUUCAUCAAACUCGAGUCGCAUAAAAUAUAUCCCAUAUAGAUCGUA